AUGUGGACAACUAAAAUACUUACAUUAGUGAUUUUUAUAUAUUGUUUAAUUACAACUGUAUUUGCAUCAAAAGAGUGCUACUCUGACUUUUGUCAUAAAACAACAGCAACUUUUUCAUCAGAAAAACCAAGAUGUCUCAUAACACCAAUUAAAAAAGAUAUCGAUUGCAUGAAUUUUAAAUUUCAUAAUUUAGGAGCAGGAUCACGAGUAAAAAUACCAUUUUCUGAUAUUAAAUUAUCUGCAUACGUCUUAGCUUUCCCUGAACUCCACACUAAAGUCACGGCAUUUAAUCUUACAGUCAAUAAUGCAGCGUUUAACCGAAUGACUACUAGAUAUCAAGAAUUGGGAGCACAAAAAUCAUAUUGCAGACAUAUCCAACUAGGUGAUCUUAAGGAAGCAAAUGAAUUACCUAAUUUGUUCAUAUCCUGUCCAUUCUCAAAUUCUUCGUUCGAAGGUGUUCCUUAUAGACUAGAAUACCUUAUUACGGGCAAUAAUUAUGAGUACAGUAAAAAGUUUGUAUUUCAAGUUCCUGAUCACCUAUCUAUUGAUGAAAGUAUUGAAAAUGUCCAGAACUAUGUUCCAUUUUUUUACAUCGAAGUUUCAGAUGCUAAACUCUCCCUCCACAUUCAAUCCGUGCCAGAAAAAUAUAAUGUUACACGCUACAGAAUUUGGAUGAUUAAUAAUGACACUAAAUUAAUAAAAUCAUUUGACUUGACAGCGAAUGGUAGAAAACAUUUGAAAUAUGAGUUUCUUGUUACCGAAGGUGUUCAUUAUUUCAAAGUCGCUGCAAUGCAUACCGACUGUGGUGACUACGGAUGUAAUAAUAGCACAUCCCCAGUUAUUAGCACAAAACAGCCCACGAGACGUUUAUUAAUUAUGAUUGUCAGUGUUGUGUGGAUUCCACCUGUGAUAUUAUACGCUAUUUAUUACUUUUAUAAAUUAUACCAAAAAAGAGAGAUCUUCAAAAGAAUUAAUAGAAAACCUAAUUGUUUAUUAGUAUAUUCACCAACACAUUUGGCGCAUAUCAGUGUGAUUUCUGAUUUGGCAAAGUACUUAAAAAUUUGUAAUAUUAAUGCAAUGAUGGAUGUACUUGAUAUUUCUGAAACUGAUUCAAAGGAUCCAGGUCUUUGGUGUAAUGCAGCAUUUAAAAAAGCCGACGUAAUUGCUGUGGUAACAUCACCUUCACUUAAAGACACAAAUAUACCGAUAAUUUAUCGUAAUAUCGACAGUCAUGCAUUGAAAUUGAUUAAAGAAAACUAUUCGUGGAAUAGCAAAAGAUAUAUUACAAUAGAAUUUCCAUAUUGUAAAUCGAGUGAUAUAUAUAUACCGGAAGAAGCGGCUGUAUUUAAAAAGUUUAUUAUUCCAGAGAAUUUAGAAAAGUUGAUACAUUGUAUACAUAAUACUGAUUAUAUACAAUUUUACGAUGUUUCAAAUAAAAAUCUGUUAGAGAGCAUUGAAAUUGCGACGAUUGAGAUCAAUAAGGAAAUUUUGAAUAGUUCUCAAAGUAGAGCAGACAAUGAUAAAAUUUUGCCAUCAAACGUAAUCUCAAAAAUAAAAAACGUUCACGCCGAUGAAAAUCACUGCCAACCUGAAGAAUCAUCUCAUGUUAUAGCGGAUACUAAAGAUUCGAAAUGUUUUAAUACUAAAAUUAGUGAGUUGAACUUAUUAGGUGAAGAUUUAAAAUCUGAGAUGGAUACUUGUGAGUAUACAUUUCCUGAUACUGACAAUGAAUUCCGUGUUGAUCGAUUAGAUUUAUAA